GAUGUGCUGCGCAUGCGCAAGGCAUAUCGUUCCUUGGUGCGAUUGGUAGGUUGAUAUCUCCUUGAAUUUUUUUUUCGAGGCAAAGUUAUGCUAUUAUCAACAAUGACACUUUGUACUGUACAUAGAGACAGUUUUUAGAAUGUUGAUAACAUUGUGUUACGUUUAUUUGUGGGUGCGUUUCCACAAAUGUUAUUCAAGGCUCAUUCGCAACAGACUUUCAACGCUGAAAACAAACAGAACCCUUAGGUUCACCCGGAGUUCCCGUUCGUCCUCGUUAUCUGUCCUGCCGACGACACCUCAUUCAGUCCCUCCAUGCCCGGACUCGGCCGAGGACAUUUUUUUGCAGCUGGGAGACAAGUCAGUUACAGUAGCUGAACUAAAGGUAUGUGAUGACAGAAUCAAAUGGAACAUCUUAUCGGGGUCACCCAUUGCUUGUGGUACUCCAAUCGACAACAUUUCAUUCAUGAUCGAAGCUGCUGGACACAAUGAAGGCCACAGGACACCAAACAGUGAACGUCAACUUUCACAGGUGCUGAAGUGGUCAGACUUUUGCCAACCUCUGGCCUGUAGCCCUGGCAAGCCAUUCAGUGCAGUGGCUCAGGCCAGCGUUGAUGAUUUCAGUCGACUGGCCGUAGCUUUUUUAGAGGAUCGCCUACAACUGGAUAAUGGGCUUGUGCCAUCAAAGAUUGUCCCGAUCAUCCUCCAUGAAUCUAUUCUUAGUGAGCUGAUUCAGUGCCCAGAGGAGCCCAUGAAUGUAAAGUCUAUUCUGUUCGACAACACUCAGAUUGGAAACCGUCAACCUUUGCCUUAUCAUGUGUUGCCUUGCCUCCAGCACCCUCAGUGCUGUAAAAGUAACGUACUUUUUGCCCCUUGUGCGAAGAAGGACCAAGAAAAACUACCGACAUCAGGGCCAACGUGCAUCAGACAAGAUCAAGGUCCAGACUCUGAGGAUCAUUUCUUGGGGAAUCUGCAUGACAUGAAGAACCACAGGCACUCUCUUCACCUGUCAAGCUGCCAUGAAUGUCUGGAGCUAGAGAAUAGCACAAUCCUCUCUGUCAAAUAUACUUCAGUAGAGAACAUUUUAGAUAUCCCUUAUGAUCACUCACUGUGUCUGGAUAAUGAGGAUGAGACUUUUCAUGACUUUGAACAUGAUGUCAAGAGUUAUUUUUGCAAAAGCAAUGGAUUUGAAUUCAACAACAAAAUUCCCAAUGUAGUGGUGUACACAAAUGGUAGCAAAGAGCGUUUUAAAGCAGUUCAACAGGUUUUAACGGAGUGUCUCAACAUGGAAAAGUACAUUAUAUAUUCUCUUCAGCCACAUCAAGUCCUGAGUGAACCCUGGAUGGAAAAUUCUAGGCUAUUGGUGCUCGCAGAGGAAGAAGUGCUCACCUCCCAGCUUCACACAAGAUUUAUGAGCUACCUGAGCCAUGGUGGAAGGGUCCUGGGGCUCGCUUCCUCCCUGUGCCCUGCAGGUAUCAAUUUAGAGAACAGAGACCAACAAGCCGGGAAAGUGUAUAGACUGAGCUUCACACGAAAGGACAGCGCAGAAUUUGAACUGAGCGUAUUGGCAAGUGGGAAAGUCUUUGUCGGAGAUUUCCUGCGAUCAGGGAAUUUGGAGCUCUGGGGGGAACUUAAAGAUGGUCCAAAUAGGAAGGAUAUGGUUAUCAUCAGGGUAACCCAUGGAGAGCAUGGAGGGGAAGCUGUCUUGUGUCAGAUCCACCUGGAAAACACUCCUGAUUUACAGAACUUGACAAAUGAAGGCUUUGAUGGUUUAAAGGCUAAUAAUAUGCUGCAUUAUCAAGUUCUAGCAGAAAUCCUCACCUCUCUUGGCCUGAGUUGCCAGCAAACACAAACCCCAUCACCAAGUCCAAUUUACCUUCUGUCUACCUCUCAGGAGGGCAAAGCUAAGUUUCUUCAGUUUCUAGAUACAUAUGUAAAUGAAGAUGGCCUUCUCAUGAUCUCAAAGGCCUCCCUCAGGAUCAUGCCCAAAUCUGAGCUACUAGAUGGUGCUUUUCUGCAUGACAGCUUUCUUUCACUCUUCACCGAUUGUCCUGACUCACAGAGCUGGGACAUGUUCUGCUUGGAUACCUACUGUAAUAACCUAACAGCCGUUUUGCUGGGGCAUACUUUGCUGUAUGCUGAGGUUGUUUCAUCUACCAUGGAUCUGGUUGAAGGACUAAAUCUGCAUUUACCAGAAGAUGUUGGUUUAAUAGUCAUAGCUGCUCGACAAAGUCAGGGCAGAGGGAGGGGAAGAAAUGCCUGGCUGAGCCCUCUGGGUUGUGCCAUGUUCACGCUAUGUGUCCAGAUAAAGCUGAGUUCAAGGCUUGGACAGAGGAUUUCCUUUCUGCAACAUCUGGCUGCUCUUGCUGUGAUUGAAGCUGUGCGAACACUUCCUGGAUAUCAGGACAUUGACCUGCGGGUAAAGUGGCCCAACGACAUCUACUACAGCAAUCUGAUGAAGCUUGGAGGUGUUCUUGUGACUUCCACUGUAAUGGGUUCAACCUUCCAUCUGUUAAUAGGCUGCGGGUUCAAUGUGAACAACAGCAAUCCAACAAUGUGCAUCAAUGACCUAAUCCGGCAAUACAACAUUCAACACAACUGCAAGCUGCAACCCCUCAGCUGUGCACAGCUUAUUGCCCGGACAGUCAGCUGCCUGGAGGCCUUCAUAGACCGCUUUCAACAUGAUGGGGCAGAGGCAAUCUUACCACUCUACUACAAGAGAUGGCUUCACAGCGGAAGUCUGGUGCAUCUUUGGAGUGAGGAAGGAGAUGAAGCUGAGGUGGUGGGUCUAGAUAGCAAUGGCUUUCUUCAAGUCCACAGUAUGAAGCAGGGUAUUGUUUCUGUGGAGCCUGAUGGCAACUCUUUUGACAUGCUGAAAAACCUGGUGGUCAUCAAGCAACAUUAGGACCAAAAGAAUCUUGUUCUAAUAUUCGGACAUUGUACAUUACAGCAUUUAUAUGUUCAGUAUAUAUUUCCUGUUAUGAUAACUCAAUAAACUGUGUUUUUGUUUUUCUGACAUAUUGUGGUCAGUUGUGCAUAUUGGUUUAUUGAGAUAGAAUUACCUUUAUUUUUUAUUAACAAAUAAACUGUCACAAAAUGUAUUAAAACCCGCCAUCAUGGUAACUGUUAUGUA